AUGACGACUCCGCGAGCCAUCAAGUUCUCUCUCCUCGCCCGCGAGCAAUCCGAGGGUGCGGGCGCCACCGUGAGACGUAGCAUCGGCACACCCAAGUUGCGCAACUUCACCCCGUUCCUCAUGCUCGACCACUUCCGCUCCCCUCCCGGUUCAGGCUUCCCCGACCACCCGCACCGCGGCCAGGAGACCAUCACGUACAUUCUCCAGGGUGCCGUGGACCAUGAAGAUUUCGCUGGGAACAAAGGCAGAAUCGAAGCCGGUGACCUUCAAUUUAUGACGGCAGGCCGAGGCAUCAUGCAUGCCGAAAUGCCCGCGCAGGACGUGGAGAUGAACGACGGCAUACAGCUCUGGGUCGAUUUGCCCGCGAACCUCAAGUCGACCGAACCGCGGUACCGCGACCUCCGCGCGGGCGAGAUCCCCGUCGCGACCGCCGACGACGGCAAGGUCGAGGUCAAGGUGAUUUCCGGCAAGAGCCAAGGCGUCGACUCGAUCAAGGACCUCGCGUACACGCCCGUGUGGUUCCUCGACGUGACCGUCCAGCCCGGCGGGAAAAUCACCCAGGAACUCCCGCCGGAGUGGAACGCCUUCGCGUACACGCUGGACGGGGUCGUGACCUUCGGCAACGGCAAGAAAGACGCCGGCGAGACCGUCGUCCCCUACCACAACGUCGUGUUCGAACGGGACGGCGGCGACGUCGUCACGGCCCACGUCGAGGAGGGCGCCGCCGAGCCCGCGCACUUCAUCAUCGUCGCCGGGUUGCCCCUCGACCAGCCCAUCGUGCAGUACGGCCCCUUCGUCACCACGAGCAAAGAGGCCGUGUACCAGGCCAUGAUGGAUUUUCAGACAUCCAGCAACGGCUUCGAGAGGGCCGCCAACUGGGAAAGUGAGAUUGGCAAGACCUUGGGACGAGUUCGGUAA